GCCUUGGAGAGGAAACGCCUUGUGAAGGGAAAGGCUUUUAGAAGAAGAGGCUUUUAGAAGAAGGGCCUUGUGGUCUUGUGAGACGCAGCCCAAAACUUUUGUUUUGGAAAAACGUUUUUCAAUCAAACCAGCUUAUAUGUGUCAAUGACUUUCUUAUUCUAGCAGUAUCUGAGCUGGACUGGCUUUCUCUGUAACCUAUUGGUUCAUACAUUCCACAAGUUCCUGAGAACACGAGAACCAUCCACUCAAAAACAAAGAGUGACUGGUGUUACUGAUCAUCACUGGUGUUACACAUAAUAAAGCUGGAGUGAAGAACUUUAAUCGUGGAAAUAAUCCACUGCAAACCAUGGCCGAAAACAACUUCUUCCCAGAAGUUCCUUGUAGGCAAGUUCUGCCCGAAGGACUCAAGAACCAAACACUGAUCACCGUCCGCGGAGAACCCAAACCAAAUGCUGAUAGAUUUAUGAUUGACAUCUGUAAAGGUGAUGAUAUAGCCUUUCAUUUCAACCCUCGCUUCAAUGAGGAUGGGAAGCAGGUGAUCGUGAGGGCCAGCAGGAUUAAUGAUGUUUGGGACUUUGAAGAAAAAGAACUUCCUUCCUUCCCUUUCAGGCGUGGAAAACCUUUUGAGAUCAAGAUUUUGUGCACAUCCUCUGAAUACAGAGUUGAAGUUGAUGACAGGCAUUUGCUGAAUUAUGUACAUCGUAUGAAGGAGCUUGACCAGAUAACACACCUCCACAUUCAUCAUGACGUUGUCCUCAAACAUGUUCACAUAGUUACAGUUGGAGUGGAGAACAUUACUCUUGGAAAUCCACUGCAAACCACGGCCAAAAACAGAAAAAUCUUCCUAAAAGAUCCAUAUGUGCAGAUUCUGCCUAAAGGAGUCAUAGACCAAAUGCUCAUCACUGUCCAUGGAGCGCCUAAAGUAGAUGUUGAAAGAUUCGACAUUAACAUCUGUAAAGGUCAUGAUGUAGCCUUUCAUUUCAACCCUCGUUUCAAUGAGAGUGGGGGGCAGGCGAUUGUGCGGACCACCAGAAUCAAUGGUGAUUGGGGCCCUGAGGAAAGACACAUUCCUUUCUUCCCUUUCAGACGUGGAAAACCUUUUGUGAUCAAGAUUUUGUGCACAGCCUCUGGAUACAGAGUUGAAACUGACAGCAAUCUUGUGCUGCAUUAUGCACAUCGCAUCAUGGAUCUUGAGAAAAUGACACACAUCUUAAUUGAAGGAGUUGACCUCAAAUACGUUCACGUAGAGGGCUACUUCCUAAGAGUUCCAUAUAUACAGGUUUUGCCUGAAGGACUCAAAGACAAAACACUCAUCACCAUCUACGGAGCACCGAAAGAAGAUGUUGACAAAUUCGCCAUUAACAUCUGUAAAGGCAAACAUGUAGCCUUUCAUUUCAACCCUCGCUUCAAUGACCAUGGGAGGCAGUUGAUGGUGAUGGCCGCCUUGAUUCAGAAUCGUUGGUGCUCAAUAGUAGAAGACGAUUCUUUCUUCCCUUUCACACCUGGAAAACCUUUUGAGCUUCAGUCUCAGUGA